AUGGGCUCAUGCGCCACCGCCUUGAAAAGAAAAGAUAAAGUGCAUCCUGGCUCCGAGGACUACUCUCGAGUUGUGCCUGGUUUCCCGGAGGCAAAUCAAGGCCUCGAUGCGAGCAAUGGGAGCGCAGCUCCUGCACAAGGCAGAAAAGCCAACAAACUACAACGAGUUCUUCGCGGCGGCGGAAAGGAGGCUGCUGCACCCAAGCCGGUGAAAGCGACAGUCAGUGCUGAGCAUCGGAGAUUCAUCCUAAAGGUCUUGCAGAAGCACUUCGUCUUCGGCAACCUGGACGACGAGGAGCAGGAGAUGGUCGUAGAUCACUUCGAAAUGCAGCAGUCCAGACCAGAAGAGGUCAUCUUCUCCCAGGAUGAAGUUGGAGAUUGUUGGUACAUCAUUCAGAGCGGUGCGUUCGAGGUCUGCGUUGGUACGACGGCUGUUCGCCAGCUCCGUGCCAAACACAGCUUCGGAGAGUUGGCGAUGCUGUACAGUGUGCCACGAACCGCCACAGUCAUCUCCAAAGAGAAAGGUGUUCUAUGGAAGAUGGACGCUGACCAGUUCAGAGUAUGCAUGCAGCAGUUGAGUUCGAAGAGCAUGAGGAGAGCGCUAGAGUUCUUCGAGGCAGAUCCAAACUAUCGACAUAUGUCGAAGGAGGAGAAGAGCGUCCUCGCCACUGCCUGCUCAGUGCAGAACUUCGCGGCCGGAGAUGUUAUUCUGCGCGAAGGCGAAGUUGGAGAAUGGAUGUUUAUUGUUAUUGAGGGCACCGUCAAGACAGUGGACCAGUUUGGGAAUUCGGAAAUUCGCAAACCUGGCACAUUGCUGGGGAGCUCCGGUGUGAUGUACUCCAGUUUGACUUGCAGUGGCGCCACUGCGGUUGACAAAGUGACUUGCCUGGCCCUGGGCAGAAAGUCGCUGGAGAGCCUGCUCGGUCCAGGCGGCAGUGUCCUUCGCAGAAGUGCGAUCAAGGCCUUGCUCAUGGACAAUGUAGAGCAUGUAGACUACUUCAAGGAGCUUUCCGAUAGCGAGCUGCACAAGGUGGUGGAUUUGUUCGAAGAGACUUCCUUCCCACCCCUUGGCACGAUUGUCUCCGCUGGCGCGCCCGCUCAGCUGAUCGUGGUAGUAGCCGGCAAGGUGGCCAUAAUUGGAUCUGAUACCGGGGAGGCGCAAGACGCAGCCACCUUGGAAAAGCAGGCCGUAAAUGUUCUCCUGCCGGGGCAAGUGCAUGGGGCACAGUCCCUUCUCAACAAUACUCCGAUGGAGUACAAGCUUGUGGCUUUGGAAGGCACCCAGCUUCAUCGUGUGUCGCACAGCAUGGUCUCACAGAUCUUGGGUGGCGACCUUAGCGAGGUUGUCCGCUUCAACGAGAUCAAGCGAGUGCUCGGUGACAUUUUCUUGUUCAAGAAUCUGCACAACGAUCAGAUGGAGCGCGUGGUCCGCAGUUUGGAGAAGUGCGAGUUUUCGAGUGGCCAAGUCGUGGUCGAGCAGGGAGAGGAGGCAAAUCAUUUCUACCUCAUCAGAAGCGGGACGAUCGCAAUCUUUCGGAAUGGAGAGCGUCUCCGAAGUCUGCUCAAAUGGGACUACUUUGGAGAGCGAGGUCUCCUUCUGCAAGAGAAUCGUUCUGCGACGUGCCAGGCAGAAGAGCCGUCUGUCCUUCUCCGGCUGGAGAAGGCUGUUUUCGCUGACAUCGUGGGCAUCUUCCGGAAGGAGCUGGAGCAUCGAAUGAUGCUGCAAGACCUCAAGAUCGAAAUGUCCGAUCUCUAUGUCAAGGCAGUGGUUGGCAGAGGCUCAUUCGGCCUUGUCAAGCUGGUGUAUCAUAAGCGGGACAGGCAGAAGUAUUAUGCCCUGAAGUGCAUUGGCAAGAAGCAGGUGGUACAGCAAAAGCAAGAAAAGUCAAUGAUUCUUGAGCGCGAGAUCAACUCGCAGUGUUAUCAUCCUUGCAUUAUGCAUUUCAUCACCACUUUUCAGGACGCCAAGAACGUGUACUUCCUCACAGAGUUCCUGGGAGGGGGUGACCUUUUCACUGCCAUUCGUGAGAUCGGCAACCUCAGCAAACGGCAAUCUCAGUUUUUUGGGGGCUGCAUCACACUUGCCUUGGAGUAUCUUCACGGCCGCUCCAUCAUGUACCGCGACCUCAAGCCAGAGAAUGUCGUCCUGGAUUUCAGAGGAAACGCCAAGCUGGUGGACUUCGGAUGCUGCAAGAAGUGCCUGCAAUCCAACACCCUUGUUGGCACUCCGGAGUAUUUCGCUCCGGAAAGCAUCAUUGGGAAAGGCUAUACCUGUGCUGUAGACUGGUGGGCGUUAGGGGUCAUGAUGCACGAGUUCAUUGUGGGCCCACUGCCUUUUGGUCGAGACACAGACGACCAGCUCCAGCUUCUGAAGGAGAUCAUGGAGGCACCCUUGGCUUUUCCUAGCUACAUCAGCGACAAGACGGCUAUCAGCUUGAUCUCCCAACUCUUGGAGAGAACCCCCGAGCUUCGGCUGGGGGCAGGUUCCCGUGGAGCAAAGGAGCGAUCUUGCAGUACCUAUGCUGCUCAUGCCCUUGAACGCGAAGAGAGCAUAAUUCCCGAAUUUUAA